CCGUCCGGUCCGCCUGUCAGUUUGUCUAUUUAAUUGCAUUUUGAAACCCGGAAGGCCGGAGCUAGGGUUUGCCGUAGCCGACUUGUUCCCGCGCCAGCUCACGGUCUACCUCGUCGGCGGAGGAAAUGGUGAAGGGGCGAGAAGGCGAGCGCGUCAGGCUCUACGUCUGUGGGAGGAUCCUCGGGUACAAGAGAUCUAAGUCGAACCAGUACGAGAACACAUCGCUGGUACAGAUCGAGGGGGUGAACACUAAGGAGGAGGUCGACUGGUACUUGGGGAAGAGAAUGGCCUAUAUCUACAAGGCGGCCACGAAGAAAAAUGGAACGCCGUACCGGUGCAUUUGGGGAAAGGUCUGCCGUCCGCACGGGAACAGUGGGGUCGUCCGUGCUAAAUUCAAGACCAAUUUGCCGCCGAAGUCCAUGGGUUCAAGAGUUAGGGUUUUUAUGUACCCUAGCAACAUAUGAGGGCUAGAUGAUCUGAAGAUCCAAAUUGAUUGAGAUGAUUCUGCCUGUGAGUUGAGUUGGUUCUGUCUGAACUUGGACUUGAUUUUUGAAUCUGUUCUGUUUGGUGGAUAAACAAAACUGAGGAUUUGUUGAGUGUAAGAAGAGUGGAUGAGGCAGAUGGAGCGGAUGAGAUACAUAGAAUGUAAGGAGGAUGAGGGUGAACUUUUGCCGCACAUCUUAUCAUCCACAUUUUAUGGAGAUCAUCUGAAGCUCAUUCAGAUUUGUGACACAGCCGGUUGAUCAAUUAAGUAUUAACAGCAUUUCAGUUGGGGCGUUUGAGGUUUUUAGGCUGUCAAUUUUACAUUGUACAAUAUAUUUUAAAUAAAAUAUAAAAUAUUUUUUUACCCAAAACAUAAGCUUAACAAUAUUCAUAAAGAUAUUGACAAUCUUUGCAUCUCUUCCUCUUCUACACUAUACAUUUUAUGCAAUUACUUUUAGGUAAACCUGCAAUUUUAUUGAGUUUGACAAAGUCUAUUUUUGCACUAUUUUCAAAUUAAAUGAUCCGUGUAAAAUGUUGUGAUUGUUGUUUGUUUCAAUGUCUCCUAUGAUAUGACGUAGAUGGGUACUAUAUACAUUUCUUUGAUGCUGUGUGAUUGGAGAGUAGAAACUAUCAAUCAAUGCAAUUUCUGGAUUUUCAUUGCUGAAGACCCAGACUCUUGGAGCUCUUUGUUCCCCAUUCCUUUACUGGAACCCUUGUUUGAUAGAAACUCCAAAUUCAGUCGAUUCCUUGAUUCGGCUCCUUUGCCUGCCUGACCAGAUUGGCCUAGCUGCCUUGCCCAACUGACAUGUCCCAGUUGACUGGCUCAGCCUGACCAGCUUCUCCAACUCACCUGACGUUAGUGGCUCGUCUGGCUGAUUUGGCCUACUCAAGGUUGGACUUGUGGAAGAGGUUCAGUGCUUAUGAGUUUGGUGCCCACAAAGCCAGAGAGGAUUUCAAAGUCGAGUUAAUAGUGGUCACUGAGUUAUGACUGGCUAUUUAGGUGACUGUUUUCCCACUUGAUUCGAGUGCAAUCACGUCUUACAUUCAUUUGGUUUUCCAUCCUUAGAUACCUAAAUCCAACUCUCAUUUUCGUUCCAACCAAUUUUUCAUCCAGAGACAUAUGCCCUAGACAUUAUGUUUAAGCAUAAUUUACUUUAGAUAAGGCUUAUCUGCUGUGUGUAAUUCAUUGCCUUCCACA